UAUUUUAAUCCAUUUUAGUGACUCACUAAAACAAUGUGCAGUAUUGCGGAGGAUGAUUUUGGAGACGAAGGAGCAACGCACGGUAUGAAGGAAGACACCCCACAACCGGAACUCGCUGCAAACGAGCUAUGCCGAAAGUGCAACACGGAGUUGGCCGUACUGAAACUAAACCUAAAGGAACCGCAGUGUCGGGUUUGUUUUUUGAAUUAUGUACGACACAAGUUUCGUGCUUCGUUGGGCUCCACGAAAAUCGUACGCCGAGGAUCACGUGUGCUAGUCAUUUUUACCGGUGGGCCGGAAAAUGUAAUCCUGCUCGAUAUGAUACGGUUCGGGCUGGAGCAGGACUCGUUCAAACAGCUGCGAAUAGUGCCCGUCCUGCUGUAUGUGGAUGAUGGUUUUGUUGCAAGAGCAGAUGAGCUUAGAAUUCAACUGCUGGCAAAGCGGAUUAGUGUACUAAAACAGUUUAGUGGCUUUCCAGCGUAUUACACUGUAUGUGGUUCUUCGAAGUAUGUGGAAAUAACUUUCGACAACGAUUUUUCUCCGACCGGGUUCGAGCAAGAUGAGCAGCGCCUGUUGCAAGUGCUGAAAUCGGUCCGAUCGGUGUCAUCCAAACAGGACCUCUUGGAGCAGGUGCACAAACAAACGUAUCGAAUCAUUGCGAAGACGCUUAACUGUAACUACGUCUUCCUGUCGGACAUUGGGAUCGACCUGGCAAAAACUCUUCUAUCCAAUGUGGCUCUAGGUCGCGGUUGUUCCCUGGCGCAAGAUGUGGCGUUCUGCGAUGAUCGUGACAAUGCAGUGAAGCUAAUACGACCGAUACGUGAUCUAAACCCGGAUGAGGUUGCCAAUUAUUUGCAGUACAGUGAGACACAACUGCUAUACUUGCCACUCGCCAAACACUUCGAAGAUAAGCCAAGCCUACAAAAUUUGACCGCAAAAUUCAUCGACAACCUGCAGCAAAGCUUCCCUUCUACCGUUUCCACGGUUUUUCGUACCGGUGACAAGCUUGAUGCACCGAAAACAGUGCAACAAAUAGCACCCGCGGGUGUUCCGGAGGAUGGAAGCGAUUUUCUUGCAUUGUUCGAUAAGAAACUCACAUUAAACGAUAAGUCGCCAGUGGCAGAACGUUGCCGAUUUUGUGGCGCUGCUUUAGAUUAUCGAGGAUCAAAAACGCUCUUUGCCACCGAAUAUUCGAGACUCGUUUCGUCUAGAAUUAAUGCCGCCUGUAGUCAUGAAGAUAUUUUACAGAAAUCGAAGCAAAUGGAGUUGGACGCCGAUCGAGCCGUGAAUGGGGAAGAUGACGAGAAGCAGGAACUACUGAAGCACCUGUGUCAUGGUUGUAGGAAUAUAUUUGAAGAUAUAAAUGAAUAG